GUUAUUUGUUUCAACACGAACUUGUAUGAGGAGCAACAUCCGCCAACCGGAUAUCGGAUAUGAAUCAUUUCGUGCGGAGUUAGGUUUUUUUUGCUUGGCCCAAUGGACGACAGCAGUGUGGUGAAGCUCUUUGUUGGGAAUCUGGCAUUGGAAACAACACAAGAUGACCUAAUAGCACUUUUUGCCCCUUAUGGAAAGCUGGAGACCAUUACUUUACUGAGGCAGUUUGCCUUUGUCCAUCUGCAGGGAGAAGGGGCUGCUGACUAUGCCAUCCGUGGUCUGAACGGUAUAGAGUUUCGUGGUCGCACCCUUGUUGUCGAAGAGUCUCGAGGAAGGCCUCAGAACUCUAUCAAAGUAUAUGUGGGGAACCUGAGUGCUCUGUGCACUACUGAUGAACUGCACGAACUGUUCUCUCGUUUCGGCAACGUCUUGGAGUGUGAAAAAGUGAAAACCAAACCCAACUCCUCAGUAGGUUAUACUUUUAUACACAUGGAGCAUCAAGAAAAUGCAGAGAGCGCCAUCGAGGCCCUCCACGGAACCUCCUACAUGGGCCGUCCACUCUCUGUGGAACUCUCAAAAGUCCAGCAAGCUAAGCCAGCCGCCAUGUCCAAGGUGCCGUGUGCACGUUGCGGGACACAGGGACAUUUCGCAGGUGAGUGUCCCACCAGGCCGCCCAUGGAGCACCACCAGAGUCAGGCAGCCGUGCUUGCUGCUGCUGCCGCCGCCGCUGCUGGACUUCCGAUUCAAGUACAACAGAGCGUGCACAACUCUUUCUUUAACACCAACACCUCUGAUCCGACAUACGCAGCCCUAAAGGGUCUGACUGAAGCCAGUGGGUCAAGUGGUAAGCCAGUCAGCGCUGCAGUUUAUGGCGCCCUGGCAAGUCAAGUGUACGGGGCUGUGGCUGAUCAGGUCGUUAGCCAGGGAACAGAUGAUUCAGGCUACCCAGCUGCAGGAGAGACACCAUCAGCCACCGCAACCAUGAACCCUGCCUAUGGAACAAACUCCUCGGCAUAUGCAGGCCCUGCCUAUGGGACCAUGGGUGGGGCGGAGCCUGACCCGCAAGCCGUAUUUGAAGCCGCUCGGCAGCGAUUCAUCGAGCAGGGCCAGCAAGUGUUGGCUGAGCAGCAGGCCAUUACCAAAUCAGACCGGGACCGGAGCCCAGUGAGACGUUCUGCACUGUUACCCGACCCUGUUCCUCAGCCGAUCAGUGCGGCGAGACCCAAACGCCGUGCUCUGCUGCCCACACCGCCUGGAGGACCCGAACUGCCUGCUAUUAAAGAGGGAGACCCUAUUGCGAGGUGCUAUGCAGAGUAUGUCCAGCAGUACCAACAGUACCAGCAAUACCAUCAGUACCAUCAGUAUCAACAGUACCAGUACUACUAUCCACCACCGCCGCCGCCCCCACCACCCCAGAUGCCCACCAUGCCCAUGCCACCUACAGGGCCGAUGGAUGCCAAUCACUUGGCGGCUCCUGGAACCGGCGCAUCUCCAAGAGCGUAUGAGCCACCUCCACCACACAAGGAUCCCCACCUCCGCAAUCCUGACUACUCCCACCACCACAUGCCAGAGCCCACAUACCGAUAGUGUGUGUGUGUGUGUGUGUGCGCGCGCGCGUGCAUGAGAGAGAGAUAGUGAGUGUGUGUGUGUGCGCGCGUGUUUGUGUGUGUGUGCGCGAGAGAGAGAGUGCCUGUGUGUGUGUGUGCGCGUGCGUGUCUGUUGUGUGGUUGAUGGUGCUGAAUGUGUGUGGCAGUGUUGGUCCUUCUUUAUAAGUGAUAAGGAGAGGGAUGCAUUUAAAUCUUUUCAUUAGCUUUAUGCACCAAACUUGUGUUAUUGUUUGAUUAGUCUAUUAAUUAGACAUCUUAUAAGUUUAAACAAAUUUGUUGUGCCUAAUCUGACACCAGCCUAUUCCAGGAGCCUUGUGAAUCUCUGAUAAACAGCAGAUGAUACAGUUUUGAGCACAGAGCUUAACAUUUGGCUGACUGGUGGAGGAAAGGCUAAUUAUUUAGAGAUGCCUCUCCAAGAUCUAUGUGCUGUAGUUGUAAGUAAGUACAUUUUCAUUUUAAGGAACCAACAUUAACGUUUGCAUGAAGGCAGUAGUGGGAAUUUGAAAUACAAAGGGGACCUGCGUGGAUGAUGGUUGUGUGUGUGUGUGUGUGUGUGUGUGUGUGUGUGUGUGUGUGUCUUUUAAUAUGCCAGAUUGUUGAGAGAAAACAUUUUCACUUGCCACAGCGCCACACAUUCACACAUCAGAUCACCUUCUGUUCCAAAUGGGUGGGAUUUGGUUUUGGGCAAAGACGUGCUCCAUCAAUAUCAGCUAAAUAACACAGUAGAACUUGAUGUAUUUCAGCCCAUUACACACAGCCUGAGGGCACAUAAGAGCAUGACCUGCUCUCAGCAUGAACCUCAACUCUGAUUAUAAAAUUCAUCUGUUGGAAUAAGGCUAGGCUACAAAAACGGACAGCUAGUGUUUGUUAGUCUAUCUAGCAUUCAUCAGCCAAAAAAACAAGACUUUUGACUAGUGUAUACUCAUGCAUAAUAUUUAGUUGUUUUCCUGUUAUUUCCAUAUCUUCAGGACUAUAAAGGAAUCAACUGCCAUUCCUAGCUUUCUAUCCCUUAUAAUGUGUUCAGGCGGUUAGUGAUGGUUAAUCUCAUGACUUUUGUUUUUUGUUUUUUUUUUUGUUUGUUUUUUUAUUGUGAAAGACAGCAAAGCCCCUCCUCUUUCCUGCCCCUUGCGAUUAUUAUUCAUUCCUCUACAUCUUGAGUCCCCACUUUUUUUCAUCACAGUACAUUUUAGACUGCUCAUUUAGUUGGUAUGAUUUUGAGGCUGUAAGGUCUAUUGCAUUAGGCCUCCAGUUGAUUUUGAGUUUGAGAAUAAAAUACAGUGAAUAUAAAUAUCUGAUGUAUUUUUGUUCAAAAGAAAAUGUGAUAAACCAUUGGAUAAAGGUUUCAGGCAGUUUGAAUUAAACUCUGUUCAAUUCAAAAUUUAAUUGGCUUCCCUCCUUUCAAAUCAGGUUCCCUAAAAAGCAGUGUAUUUGAUACUUUUUGGUUAAGUGAUUUGUUCUCAUUUGAUUCAAACCUGCCUAUUUAACCUAGCGACUAGAGGAAGGAGUCUACAUGAGGUUUUCAUAACAUCUGACAUGUAAUGUUUUAAUAAAUGAGUUCAACUCUGCCAGUGCAUUUUCUUUCAAUUUCUGCAUAAAUUGCAGUCAAGAGCUCAUUGGUUAUUACUGUAGGGUUUUGGGCUCAGAUGUUAUGGAGAGUGUUGUAGCAUUCCUUCAGUGUGCUUUACAGACCUCAGUAAAAUUAUUGUAAUGAAAAAAAAAAAGGCAGAGAAAGCUCUCUUUAUUUAAUGAUUUUAUGUCCUCUUUCCUUUAGAAUGCACCUCAGACUGUCUUCAGUCUUUCAUUCCAACGCUGAGAGAUGGUGGGGUACUCGCACAAACACAAACACACACAUGCACAACAUGGUCUCACUGACCUCUAUUGGCCUGGAUACAGCAAACCUUUUGUAACAUAAUAGGCAACAGAUUGAAAUGACCUGUAGUAAUUCGAUUAAGGAUUACCAUUUGUAUUUUUCAGUUUAUUAUGUUAGGGGGUUGCUUUUGUUGUGUGUAAUUAACACAUUUCUGAAAGACACCUGAUAGAAAGCUUGCAGUGCCUCCUAAGUGUAUCCAGGCCCUGAUGUUUACAAGACUCAAAAGGCAGAUAUUAUAUUGGAGUGGUCAUUGUUUUCACUCAUAACCUUUAGUGGAAUGGUGAUGGAAGGGUAGCUCUUUAUAGUGCAUCAGGCUUCCACACAUUAACGCUAAAUGUCUGUAAAUUUUUGCUAGAAAUAGUGCAUGACUGGUUACUCGUACUGUUCUUCCAGCCACAUUUUCCCUUUUCGCUAACUACAGCUAAAAUGGCUCCCGGGCCUCAGGACGCCAAGUUGCACAUGACGGGGGAAGAGAAUUAGAGUCCCACAGUGGCAUGGAUGCACUCCCCAGAAAGGUAAAGCCCUCUGGCCCCAAUCACGCUUGCACCUUGACCAUACACCACUUCCCCUAAAUCAUCUGCUCCAACUCAGCUCAGAUCCAUCUUCUGGCUGAAGAACUGGAACAAAAAAAAAUGAUGGGGCUGUAACAGUGCCACAGCUUAGGGUUAAAUAAAAUGGCAGUUUUUUACAAGCAGAGAAACCAAGUCAUUUAGCUCAGGCACACAAAGUACCCCACAUGAUCUUGGUUUGGUUGUCUGCAAAUGUUCCUUUUUUUUAAUUUUUUUUUUUUUUAAAACAUACAAUUUUACAUGGUUAAAGCCCCAGUGGCACAUCCAUUCAGAAGUUAUCAUAACCGUUGUAUUGUUUUUGAGUUCAGAAUUUAUGACCGUGUCUUACAAGACACCUGCUCACAGAAAUCCUUUAUAAAGAACAUGGGAACAUGUGAGAUCAGGGUAAAUUGAAUUGUUGGCUUGUUCUGUGGCAUUUCGUGUUUCUUUUAAGCAUUUUCAGUAAGACGAGACGAGAAGCGUGCACACGCUCACAACUGAGGUUCCUUGGCUGUGCUUUGAACUGUUAAGAAGACAGCACAGCUUUAAGGGGGUGCAGUGCAAUCCAAAAGGAAAGAGGUGGGGCUGUCGCCUGGUAGGUGAGUAACCAGUGCGCCACUGUCCCACUCAAACCUAUCCCUGCCCUCAAACCCAAACACUUCACAUGCCCCAUCACGCCACCCUUUAAAUGUUCUGUACAUCUCCAACUUCAAGCACAUGCCUCAGGGAACGAGUUCACCUACAGAAAGUAGUCAUGACCAGAGUUGCGUGUGAAGACUGAUGCAGAAAUUUAAAUGACUUAAAAAGAUUUGUUUAAAAACCUUUUGAAAAGGAUUCGGUUGGGUACCUGGAGUUCUGACUGGACCAGAGUUUAGACCUUGUAACUCGUCGUUAAAUAGAUCAUGUCCAACCUCUCUUGAUUUUACAGUUUAACAGUACAUGAGUGAAGCUUGAUGUCAGUUUUGAUAGUUAAAAUUUGUGUUUCCUCAUUGUCCAUGAUGUAUUUGCAGCUUCUACUUCGUAUUUCUUUCACUGAUGACGUGUGUGUGUGUGUGUAUAUAUGCUGUGAUUUGAACAACAUGCGCCAUUUUCUGAGUGUGGUUUGCACACGUAAAGCAUUGCUUUUGAUUAAUUUAGGUCACAAAAUAAUUAUUCAGGGAGUAUGCUUUAGUUGAGCUAAAUGCUACCACUUUUACUGAGAUUGGUUUUAUUCUUUUGCUACUGUCCCAGCAAAAAUAAUGUCAAGUCUUUGUAGUCCUUCUCUAAUCUUGUAAAACUAAAUUAAAUGCAUUUAUAAAAACCA